CCAUUCAAACUGUGGAUAUUGAUAAACAUGUGUUGAGGGAGUUAGACCAAUGUGCUGUUAUAGCAGUGGGGGUUCUACUCAAGGGACUUCCCCUACACCCAGAUGAAGGAGAUGGAGGGGAUGUCCCUGAAGCGAAAUCACAAUUAUUCCUAAAAUAUUUCACUUUGUUCAUGAAACUCUUGGGCGAAUGUUCGGAUAAAUUAGCUGAGUCGGAGUUACUUGAUGAGUCAGCAUCGGAAGAUACGGUCACGCUCCGUCGGUUGAUCAUUGUUGCAAUGUCAAACUUGUUAAGCGCGAAUAUUGAAAGCGGAUUGGUUCACGCUAUGAGUCUGGCUUACCACGACGAGGUUCAAACCCGCUCAGCUUUCCUGGAAGUUCUCACCAAGAUCGUGCAACAAGGGAGCGACGGGUUUCAAACACUAGGGGAUUCGGUUUCCACCGAGAGGUUUGAACGUUUGGUCGAACUCGUUACGAUGAUGGGGGAUAACGGGGAACUUCCCAUUGCUAAUGCCCUUGCUAAUGUAGUGCAUACUAGUUACAUGGAUGAACUGGCGCGUGUGUUCGUUACAUUGUUCGAUGCAAAACAUCUACUUUACCAACUAUUAUGGAAUAUGUUUACUAAAGAGGUUGAGGAAGCUGACAGUGUUCAAACUUUAUUCCGCGGCAACUCACUUGCUAGUAAGAUCAUGACGUUCUGUUUCAAAGUUUACGGAGCAAGUUACCUUCAUAACUUGGUUGAACCUUUGGUGGCGUGGAGUUUAACGCAGGAUAUUGUUAACCUGCAUUUUGAGGUUGAUCAGAAGCGCAUCCCACCUGGAUACGACAUCCUACAAUGCAGAGCCAAUCUACAACGGUUGACCGAGAGGUUCUUUACAAGGAUAAUGACUUCUACCGAUAAGUUCCCACCACAACUGAAGAGUGUGUGCCACUGUUUGUACCAAGUGGUGUCUCAGAGGUUCCACGAAAGUGGCACCGGUGCCGUGGCAAGCGCCAUAUUCCUACGGUUCCUCAACCCAGCCAUAGCCACACCAUAUGAGUACGGGUUGAGUGAUCGAAGGUUACCACCCAACUUGGCAAGGGCGUUUAAGUUUAUGUGCAAGAUAAUGCAAAACAUCGCCAACCAUGUAGUUUUCACCAAGGAGGAACACAUGAAACAUUUCAACGAGUUUGUUUCGGCAAGAUUUGAUGUUUGCCAACAAUUUUUCAUGCAAAUCUCGACCCCCGAGUGCGCUAGUGUUGAAAGCAGCGGGCAAAGCACGUCGUUCAUGAACGAUACAAACGUAUCGGCUCUUCAUCGCCUCUUGUGGAAUGACCAGGAGAAGAUUGGGCGAUAUCUCGCUAAGAGCAGGUGGGGAUGGUGGAACGCGAAAGCUGUUGGUAGACGACCCUUCGAUAAAAUGGUGACGUUGCUCGCUUAUAUCGGACCUCCUGAAUAUACAAGACCUGUUCUAGAAACCAGGAUGACUGGGCAAAAUAUUUUGCCGUGUAAGUUCGAGGAAUUGAUGACUAAGCGAAAAGCCGCUGACUCGGAAGAAUACAAACUCGUUAAAGGGCUCAAUAUUUUCUACCAGUUUGGACGUUCGAAGAUGGGUUACCCUGUGUUUUACUAUGUGGCUCGUAGAUAUGUGUUGCAUAACAUAAGGGAGGACAUCCUUAUGUUUUACAUCUUACAAGCUUUGAAACCUUACUCUGCGAGAAAGUUCGAUAUCAUUAUUGAUCUUACUCAUGUUGGGGCAAAGAACAGGUUCAGGGGUCAAUACCUACCCAAAUGGUUGGUUCUUUACCCCCAACAAAUAUACAAGAACCUUGACACAGUGUACGUGUACAACCCCAAUACAUGGGUGAGGGAUUACGUGUCUUAUAAUGAGGGGAGUUUCAACCAAGUGGAAGGACACCGGAGCAUCCACUUUAUUGAGGACUUACUUGAGUUGAAGAAAUUUAUUGAACUUGAUCACCAGAAGGUUCCGUCGGCUACCAGGGGGUUGGGGGAGGAUGUUACUGUUUAUCAUAAUGCAUGGAGGCUUGGACAAAUCCACAAUAAAGUUCAUGUGAAAGUUGGAAGUAAAGCGGUUCAGCUUACUAUGGUGGAUAAAACUAAGUUACUCGGAUACGACGUCGUUCUCAAUGAUAUUUACUACGCCCACGAAAUAGAAGCGAUUCAUUUCACCGAAGCAACGAACACGUUCAGUUUAAAAGUAUCCACCAACAACAACGCAGUAAUGUCGUUCACCCACCCCGAUGCUGCCAAGAUUGUUGAGGGCAUCCGUUAUAUAAGAAACAGAUGGGAGAUAUCGCAACCCCAACAAAUGGUUUCCCAUCACAAGAUAGAAGCCAAGGAUGUUCCCGGAACUUUGCUUAAUAUGGCUUUGCUUAAUCUGGGAUGUUCGAAACCCCUCGUUCGAUCGAGCGCUUACAACCUCCUGUGCGUCCUCACAACAGCAUUCAACUUACAAUUAGAAGGAAGAUUGUGCGAGUCUGAUGGACUUUGUAUCCCAACCAAUAAUGCUUUGUUCAUCAUCUCUAUCAGCAACACACUGGCACGGAAUGAAAAUCAUUUAACGUUGGAGUUUCUGGAGGAAUGUAUCACAGGGUUCCGAUAUUCCAACGACAAACUAAAGAACUUGUGCCUUGAGUACAUGGAACCAUGGUUGUUCAAUCUACCUUCCUUUGCUUCUAGUGAUGGAAUCAAGAGGAACAAGGUAAAGUCGGUUGUUGAGAAGUUGAUCGACCUCACGAUAACCGAGAAGGAUUUCUAUUUGAGCGUCCAAACUAAGAUUUGGGGAAACUUUGGGCAGAUGACAAGUUUGGUGGAUUUGGUUUUGGAAUGUUUUAUAGAGACGAGUUCGCAGGGAGGUCUUGGGUCAGUUAAGGCAGAAGUGAUGGCUGACACAUCCGUAGCUUUGGCCGCACACAACAUGAAACUUGUAUCGAGCAAAAUAAUCAAAAGGUUGUGUAGAUUGGUCGAUAAAACAUCGCUACGUCCGACACCAACACUGGAGAAACAUAAACACUGGGAAGAAAUUGCUAUUCUUGCAAGAUACUUGCUGAUGUUAUCAUUCAACAAUAACCUUGACGUAGCCGCACACCUCCCGUAUUUAUUCCAUCUUGUGUCAUUAUUGGUGUCUACGGGCCCCCUUACACUGCGUGCCUCCAUACACGGGUUGGUGGUCAAUAUCAUCCAUUCGCUACUUACAUGUAAACAAAUUGAAUUUAAAGAGGAAACUCAACAAAUUCUUCGAUUAAGUUUGACCGAGUUCUGCUUGCCUAAGUUCUAUACCUUGUUUGGAAUCCCACAAGUAAAGUCGGCUGCUGAUGCUGCGUUCAAAUCCGAGGCUAUUGUCCUUGGUCAUCAUCCCUCGGUACGACAUCAGCACGACUCGGCAGUUUCGAGUUGCCACGACAACGAUGAUGUCAUCAACCUUGGUUACCUAGAUACCGUGGUCGAUGCCAUGCUAGAAGUUAUGGAGGCUUGUAUGAAAGAUAUUCGAGGUUCUGAUUGGUUGAACGAAUGGUUGGAUUUGAGUCAUAAGUUUGCGUUCCAAUACAACCCGUCGUUACAACCUCGUGCGUUGGUGGUGCUGGGGUGCAUUGCUAAACAUGGGAGUUUGAGGCACGUUAAACAAAUACUCGGGAUUAUGGAGAGGUCACUAGAACCGCAACCAGACCCGGUUCUACUUGAAGCUUCCGUGCUCUGCCUUACAAGGAUGCAACUAAUCAUCAAUGCUAAACCCGAAUUCCACGUUAAUUUUUUCUGGCUUGGUAUAGCCAUGAUGCAACUCAAUGAGAAGAAUUUAUACGCUGCUGGUAUUUUGCUGGUGGAACAAAACCUACAUAACUUGGAUGAGUUAGAUGCAUUUGUACAACAGCCUUCCAUAAUAUUGAUGAAUUGCAAAGUGGACCGCCACCCCCUCGAUACCACAGUCAAUGUUUGUUUCAAAUCAGAUUUCCAUUUCGCGUUUGUAACAUACUUGUUGAAAGGUUUUCGUCACAAUGACUCGACAGUUGUAUCACGAGUCGUCAGAAUCCUCGAUUUUUCGUUGGAAUUAAUUUCUCGUCAUCGUGGUUGUAAUAAAUACGAUGUCAAUCUUGAUAGUCUUCCUUAUAUUGCUGCAUUGCUUCCGGUGUGCGCUGAUGCGCGUCGUUAUUGCGUUCCCCGCCGUAAACCUGACUCAUCAAAUAUUUCUGCUUCGUCAUCAAAACCCAUUGUUGACCAAACAACCGUGGAUGAGUCGGCAAAUAUUUCUGAUGAAAAUCCCCCAACACGAGACCCCACAUUACAAGAGCCACCCUCCACCCCAACCAACCCAACAACAACGGAUAAACCUCGCAAACAUGCAAUCAAAGUUAAAAAGUCAACCGAAACCGCCCGAGACUCGGACAGCAGCUCGAGCAGUGCUUCCCACGUGACCUCAUCAUCUAUGACAUCAUCGAUGAGGUCAUCACGUCGCAAACAUUCAACGGAUGUUGCGUCAAAUGUUUUGUUGGACGAUGAAAUGUUGGGACAGAAACAUCAGGCAUUAUUAUUAACCAUCCUGGCCACCCAAGUUUGCCACACCCCCAAUAAAUCUGAUGUCCAAAUUAUUUACGAAUAUCUUGCUGAAGCAAGUUCCGUGUUCCCCGCUGUCUUCCCUAUUGUACAUAGUUUAUUGGACCAGAAAAUAAACAGCGUUCUCAACUAUUGCGAAGACCCCGUUGUUUUGUCCCAUGUUCAAGUCAUUGUGCGCAAUGCAUUACUAUGUGUGGAUGAUAAUAUUAUAAGGAACAUAUCAUUUAUACAAGACAUUGGUUUUGGAGGAUUAUGCAAAUUUGUUGGACCUUUCGCAAAGGUCCCCUCGUUAGAACACUCAUCCAUCAUUGUUAAGUUGAUUGACAGCUUGAUUACAACUUACUUAAUGGAUGUCCCCGAUCUCACCCCUGUCCAAAGUCGUUUAUCGAUAAGUAGUGCCCUCUCGGCUGCCUCGCUCGACGCUGUGCAUGAAUCUGAAGAUUCCGACGUUACCAAUGGCAACGGACAAAACUUUGACCUCGACUCAAGACAGCCUCCUAGUGGCCAUGGAAACUUCCGGAAUCGAGGACCAAAACUUACGAUCAAAGUCCCCAAUAACUAAUGUUAUAUAAUGUUUCUAUGAUUUUAGUGUUUUAAACUGAGACGAACCAAUCCUUAUGCAUGUUUAUAUAAUACAAUCAGUAGGCUGGGGAAGAUGGGACACCUUUUAUUGUAUUUUUUUGUAAUGAAGGUGUUCCGUCUUACCCCACCCUACUAUAUUUAUGGCAAAACUGUUUUUAUUUUUCAAUGUUCUUUAAAAAACUUUUAAACGAUAUUACUAAAGAUGUUUUCGACUUUUCAUUUAAAUUGACGGGAAAAUAAGUGGUUUUUCACCUAUUUUAGGUACACGUUUGUUAUUUUUUUAUGGUUAAAAAUUGUUUCUAUAUCAACUGCCAUUAUUAUACACAAUCGCUUUUAGUUUAAAAAUUAGUUUCAAUUUUUAAAAAGAAUUUUCAGUUUUUACUUUUUAAUCAUUCCAUCACAAUUUGGCGAAUAUUAUCUCUUUUAUUCCAUGAUCCAUUUUGGUAUGUACAUUGUUUUGUUAUUACUUCAUCAUGAGCAUGAAAUAUGAUGCUUGCCAACCCUGGCCUACAUCCUAGGACCCCUAUGCUGUAGGACCUCACCCAUAGUUGAAAUAUACCAUUUUGGGAAUCACAAGCAUAAUAAAUUAUUGUAUACAAAGAUAUUGCUGGUAUUUGAAGCACAAUCGUUGAUUCAGAGUUUAAAUACAAGAAUGUAACU